UGUUUCUUGCACACGGCAGCUUAUUGUCUGUUUAGCUGUCCUGUUCAACAAUUUUAGACAUAGGUCUACAUCUCAAAAAUCGCCAGCCCUGACCUUUUCCGCUCAUAAUGGCUGCCGAAUCGAACGUCAACGGCGGAUCCAAGUCCCUCGCAGCCAUGCUGGAGGAGCAGCACGCACGCGACGAGGAACACAAGGCAACAGUGGAGGAUGUUCCGGAUGAGGAUGAUAUCCAGCACCCACCUCCCUCUUUGGCGAAGGAGCAGCCAGCACCAGCAGCUCCUACACCCGCUGAAACUCCCGCCCCCGCUCCUACACCAAAGGCGGCUCCCAAAAAGGCUCCCGCUUUUGAUGUGCGGUCCGAGGAAUUGUUCCCUGCUCUAGGCAGUGGUCCUAAGCCUAUGGCUCCUGCUGCUGCUACCUGGGGUGCCAGGCCUUCGGCUGCCGCCGCUGUUGCUAACGGUGCUCCCAGUGCCGCUCAAGCUGCCUCUGCUGAUGUCCCUCGAAUCAUGAGUCUCCCCGGAAAGCACUUGGAGCAAUUGCGACUCGCGCCAUCGCAAAUGCUUCCGCGGGGUCAGUUGAAGAAGCCGCUCAGAGAUAUCUUGCGGGAUAUCUCUCGGCGGUCAAAGGCCAAUGUCGAUAUGCGGGGUGGCCCUGGAGGUUCUAUCAUCUUUGAGGGCAAGGGUUCGGCGGAUGCCGUCAGACAAGCCCUCAAGGAAGUUGCGCAACAGGUUGGCUCCAAGCAAUCCGUUCGCGUUCCCAUCCCCACCUCAGCUCGAGCUCACAUCAUCGGUCGUCAAGGAACAGUGGUCCAGGACAUCCAGCAGCGCACAGGUGCACGAGUUCAGGUUCCCCGUGCUGAUGACUCGGCUGCCGGAGAGGACGAGGAUGACAGUGAUACCAUUGAUGUGUUGAUUGAGGGUGAUGCAGUUGCUGCUGAGAUGGCCCGUCGGGAAAUAGAAGCCAUCGUCAAGGAACGUUCUGCCAACAUGAGCUUCCGUCUCAAGACCAUCCCCCCUGAGUUCUUCCCAUUCAUUGCUGGAGCCCAUGACGCAAACCUGAGGGAAAUUGAAGAGCGCACCAAGGCCCAGAUCCACGUGCCUCGCUAUGAUACUUGGCUGAGCCAGCCGCCCCCUCAGGAGGCUCUUCCUGGCCAAGUUCAAUUUGUUCCUGUGCCAGAGAAGAACAUUCACAUCUCCGGAGAGCGAAUUGCGGCACAGGAAGCCCGUGCAGAGAUUGAGAAUCUUGCAAGGGACCUCCAGCGUCAACUGACUCUUCGUCAAUUGGCAAUCAACCGCGGCCAACAUCAGUUCAUCCUUGGGGAUGAGGCUGAUGCCCUGCACCAAUUCCUUGCUGACACCGGUUGCUCAAUUGUGCUCCCCCCUCAGUCCGACGAGAGUGAGUUCCUCACCAUAACUGGACCUCUGGACUCCAUUGAAGCCGGUAUCAACCGUGCAAUGGAUCUUGCCACCAGCAUGCAGAUGGCAAGCAUUGAUCUCUCCCGUCAACACCCCAGUGCUCCUGCUGGGCCCCAUGCACAUGCUCGCGCUCUUACCCGGUACUUGAGACAGCGACAGAUCAUUAAGGAGCUGGAGUCUAUGUACGACGCUCGUAUCGCUCUCCCACCGACUGUUGAUGGUCCAGUGACCUGGGAAGUCUACUCCAGAGACGGAAAGAACACGAUUCGCGCAAGGUCCGACAUCAUGAACCUUGUCCAGGCUCACCCCCCUGCAAGAAUUCGCUACGUCUCUAUCGAUCCCUACUUCCACCCCUACCUCCGAUCCCGAAGCAUUUCCAAGUUGCAAAGUGACUAUGGCGUCCAUCUUCUCAUCCCCGAAGAAAUUGACAGCGCGGAUGUCGCUCUUGUCUACGAGGGCCCAUCGGCUAGCGCCGCCCAAUUUGAAGUCCCCCGCCAGCGACCCUCUGCGGCUGAGCUUGCUGCAUUCGAGAAGGCCCUUCAAGAGGCACAGGACUACUUGAUGAACACACUGGGAGACCAGAACGAUGUUGUCGCACAGACUGUCAACGUCCCCGGAAAGUACCAGGACAAGGCACGCAAGUUCAUCGCUCGUGAACAGCAGGCAAAGGGUGAAGACGCCAUCCCCGUUCGCGCCAUUGUUGGUGAUGCUCGUGGCCGCACUGGAAGCGCUGUAUGCGAAGUGGCGUUGCGUGGCCCCUCUGGCCUUGUUGGCGAGCUUGCCUCGAAAUUGCAGGCUUUCGUUGUGGAGCAGGAGAAGGAUGACCUUGAAAGAGGUUACACAAUCUCUUUUGAUUUCCCCCAAAAGUAUGCCAACUUCCUCAUCGGCAAGCGAGGUGAGAAUAUCAACAAGCUCCGGGAUGAAUUUGAUGUCGACAUCAAGGUCGAAAAUGGCAAGGUCGAAGUCAAGGGACCCAAGGCCAAGGCCGAUGCUGCGAAGACCAGAAUUAUCAGCAUGGGCAAGAAGUUCGAAGAUGAAACCACUCACGUUCUGAAGAUUCCCGCGCAAUACCACCGUGAAUUGAUCGGCCAGAAGGGCUCUCAGGUCAACAGACUGCAGGACCGCUAUGCUGUCCGCGUUCAAUUCCCCAGGGCUGCAGUUUCGACAUCUGACGACCUCGAAGCUUCCAGUGACGCUGGUAGCUCCCGGCCUCAGCGGGCUCAGCAGGCCUCCGACGAGGUAGUCGUUAAGGGUCCUAGCAAGGGUGCUGAUGCGACAAGAGAUGAACUCCUUAGCUUGCUGCAGUGGGUCGUCGAGCACUCGAACUCGGCUUCAGUGUCUGUCGCCCAGAGCCAGAUCCCAUCCUUGAUUGGCCAGCGCGGCCGUGAGAUGGAUAAGCUCCGAGCAGACACUGGUGCCCAGAUUGAUGUUCCAGGCGUGAACGAUGCGCCGGAUGCUUCGGGCCGCGUGGAGAUCAAGAUCAAGGGUACCAAGCAACAGGUCCAAGAAGCCAAGAAGAUCUUGCAGGAGCGCUCUACCGAGUUUGAUGCCACUGUCACUAAGGAAAUUGACGUCGAGAAGAAGUACCACAAGGCUUUGAUCGGCGGUGGCGGUGCCAACAUCCGUAAGCUCGUUGCUGAGGCUGGCGGUCCUUCCGACGGCAGCGCCGCCCGGAUGGUCAAGUUCCCGCGCCCCGAGAGCAGCGAGUCGACCAUCAAGCUCGAAGGAAACGGCAAGGUCGUCGAGAACAUCAUCGCAGCCAUUCAGGAGUUUGUCAAGGAGCGAGAGGACCAGGUCACAGUCAGCGUGGAUGUUCCCACUGUGCAACAUCGACUGCUGAUCGGGCGUGGCGGUGAGACCAGACGCGGCAUUGAGUCGCAGUUCAACAUCACUUUGGAUAUCCCCAAGCAAGGCUCCGGUCGCUCUGAUAUCAAGCUCAAGGGACCCAGCAAUGCUGUGGAAGGGGCCAAGGAACACAUUCUCUCCAUGUUGAAGGACCAGCAGGGCGAGACAGUGCAAGUUCCUCGGAACCUGCACCAUGCCGUUUCGGAGAACGGAUCUUUCUUCCGUCGUCUCCGCAAUGACUACCAGGUGACUGUUGACCACGCUGGCCAACAGGUGCCUUCCAAGCCUGCCUUGGAGGAUGCCCGAGGAGCAGCUGAUGGGGCCAUGCCCCUCAUCACUGACGAGCCCAGCGACGCCGUUGAGGCUCACACAUGGAAGGUUAUCGACAACAGCCCCGAGGCUGCUGACCCAUCGCAGCCUGCUACCAUCCCCUGGGUUCUGUCGGGAACCACUGAGAAUGUGAGCAAGGCCAAGGCUGCCCUGGAGAAGGCCCUGGCGACAGCAUCGCAGCAAACCGCCACUGGGUAUCUGAUCCUGCCCGACCCCAAGACGUACCGCUUCGUUGUCGGACAGGGUGGUAGCCAGAUUAACACCAUCCGCAAGAAGACCGGCUGCCGAAUCAACGUGCCCAAGGACCAAGCUAGGGGCGAAGCCAUUGAGGUAAAGGGAAGCAAGGAGAGUCUGGAAGAAGCCAAGGACAUGAUCCUGGAAGCCGUCCGUGCUGGAUUGAACGGUGGCUCAAGGUAAAGACUUUGAUAUCGCAUGAUUUCUUUUUUUGGUGCAUUUGGAAUUGGAAGCCAGCGCCAUUUCUCAUCUCAUCUCAAAAAAAAAAAUUGGUUCUUGUACCCUUCGUGGACUGUCUUAUU